AUGGAUCUCUCCUUAAAAAACAACAUGGGUUCCUGUAAUGAUACAGACAGUGAUGGUUCAGUUCCUGAGCUGGAAGAGCCAGAUGGGAGUCUUCUAAGACCCUCCGACCCACAGAUAUCACAUUCUGCAGCUGAUGAGUCAGUGAGCAAAACUAAGCAGAGCCGAAGUGAGAAGAAGGCUCGGAAGGCUAUGUCUAAGCUUGGGCUGAAACAGAUCCAUGGAGUUACACGCAUCACCAUCCGGAAGUCCAAGAACAUCCUCUUUGUUAUCACUCGUCCAGACGUCUUCAAAAGCCCUGCAUCAGACAUCUACAUAGUCUUUGGAGAAGCCAAGAUUGAGGACCUGUCACAGCAGGUGCACAAGGCUGCGGCAGAGAAGUUUAAGGUUCCCCUUGACCCUUCGCCUUUGACCCCAGACAUCAUGCCCAGCCUAACCAUAAAAGAGGAGAGUGAGGAAGAAGAGGAGGUGGACGAGAGUGGACUGGAACAGAGAGAUAUUGAGCUGGUGAUGGCGCAGGCUAAUGUGGCUCGCGCUAAAGCUGUCCGUGCACUACGUCACAACAAGAACGAUAUCGUCAACGCUAUUAUGGAGCUGACCAUGUGA